AAAAAAGUUUUAGAUAUGAAUUAACCUUUAAUAAGCAAAUAGAACUUUGAUGGACUAUUAUAGAAGGCUUCGUAGCUGAUUGGCUAGGCGAAGGAAUUAAAUGAUGAGAUUCAGUCCUCAGAUUAGACUUAAUUUGAGAAGAUGAAGGAAAUCAUUGAAAAUGCAAGAGUGGCUUAAUUAAAUUUGGGUGAACAACUGGAACAAGUUAUGGAACAAUUAGAUAAGAUUGCAAAGGUAAAUGAGUGAAUUUAAAUAGAUAUCCGAAUAAAAGAAAAAAAUAAAGUAAUUAAGGGAUAUUUAUGGAAAAGAAAUAAAUAGAUACAAAUAGAUAUAGAAAAAUUUAAUAGAAGAAGGGUAUGAAAUUAGAAGGUAAACUCUUCACAGAAGAUCUACAUAAACAUAACAAUAUAAACCAAAUGUUGUGUAAUCUACAGUCACUCUUAAAUAAUCUUAAAUCGAACAGAAACAAUUUGAAGAUUUAGUUGAGAUAUCAUAAUUGGAAAUUGAUAAUGCAGUUAUUAAAGAAAAGUAAAUAAAUUUAUAUAAUCUACAGACAAGAGGAAAUAGAUACUAUUGAAAAGGAUGCUUUGCUUCUCAACCGGAUAGUUAAUGAUAUGAGCACAGAAGUAAAUAAAUAAGGUGAAUAACUUAAUGAAGUCGAGAUGAAUAUGACAACUGUGCAAGAUAAUUUGAAAGUGACUGUCAAAGAAUUGGAUAUAGCUAAAUAAGAACAAAGUAAGACAUGUAAGAAAUACCUUUGGUUGGGUCUAAUAGUUUUAAUUCUCUUAGGAAUAGUUGGUGGACUCCUUACAUGGUUGAUACUUCAUAUUAAACAUGAACGUGAGGCUAAUAAGAAUGAAGAUGAUGAUAACAAUGUAGUUAAUGCUACAAUGAGUUUAUUUAUCAAACUUAUCAAUUUGUGA